AUGCUCCGAAGUAUCUAUGCUAAUCAUCGUAGGGCCCAUUCCAAGCCCCAUGAAUGUGCCCCCGCGCCGCCGCAAGGCUACCAGCACUUCGGCGCUGGCGCACCGUCCAAUUACAACUUCCAGUACUCCGCAUGUACAGGAAGACGAAAGGCCCUACUGAUCGGUAUCAACUAUACCGGACAGCCGAAUGCACUACGCGGCUGCAUCAACGAUGUCACAAACAUGUCGUCAUUCCUCCAUGAUAAGUUCGGUUAUCGUCGCGAAGACAUGGUCAUCCUCACCGAUGAUCAGCGCAACCCGAUGAGUAUUCCAACCAAGGCCAACAUCAUUCGUGCUAUGCACUGGCUGGUCAGGGAUGCACAGCCUGACGACUCACUCUUUAUCCAUUUCUCUGGCCACGGCGGCCGCACGCCAGACUUGGAUGGUGAUGAGGACGACGGAUUCGACGAUGUCAUCUACCCGCUCGACUAUCGUGUGGCAGGCCACAUUGUCGACGAUGACAUGCACGCCAUCAUGGUUCGACCGCUACGGCCAGGUGUGCGAUUAACCGCCAUUUUUGACUCCUGCCACUCCGGUACCGCCCUCGACUUGCCAUACAUCUAUUCCACCCAGGGUGUGCUGAAGGAGCCAAACCUGGCCAAGGAAGCAGCUCAAGACUUAUUCAGUGUGAUCACCUCGUAUGGACAAGGCGACCUGUCUAGUGUCGCGUCGACUGCCAUAGGCUUCUUGAAGAAAGCGGCCAACGGGGGCCAAGCGCGUGAGCGCACCAUCAUGACCAAAACCUCACCAGCCGAUGUGGUUAUGUUCUCCGGAUCCAAGGAUACACAGACAUCGUGA